AUGAGAUUGACAGCGGAAUCUGCGGUCCUCCGAUGUGGACAAGGUCUGGACUUGCGAAUAGAAGAACUUCACGUCGAAGAGCAGACUCUUCGUCUUCAGAGGAUGAUGUUCAAGCCCACCUCCUUCAACUCGACCACUAUGCCGCUGAACAUACCUGGGUUGUUGGUCCCUUUUCAGCUCCUGUUAUACCCAAGGCUUGUUAUUCCAUCAUUGUUGGUAAAGGACAUCCGCCAGAUUGACUUUCCAUCGCUAAAGAAAGCAGGAUAUAGAGGUGCAGUUUUCGACAAAGACAACUGUUUGACUUUGCCUCACAGAGAUAUCCUUGUUCCCGAGCUGCAGAAUGCGUGGAAAUCAUGUCGAGAAACGUUCGGCGAAGGAAACGUGCUUAUUGUGAGUAACUCCGCUGGGACCUACCUCGAUGCAGGAGGCAUACAGUCGGAAUCGGUAACGUACCACCUUGGUGUCCCAGUCCUGUUCCACAAGUCGUUCAAGCCCGCCUAUUCCUGCAUAACGGCCAUCCGAACGUACUUCUCUUCGCUACCUAACCCAAUACACGACCACGAGCUCAUCGUCGUCGGUGACCGCGUCUUUACGGACGUCGUUCUUGCCAACCGGAUACGAAUGCAGUCCGGCAAGCGGAGAGGUCUCGCAAGUUCUGUUGACGAACAAGAGCGGUCUUCGACGUCGGAUAUGGAACCUCAGCCUUUGAUGGGUCCUUCCGGCCCUCUUGCGAUUUGGACAACUGGUGUUUGGGAGAAGGAGAGCAUGCUGAUGCGUUGUUUGGAACGGAGUCUAGUGAAAUACGUUGAGAGAUGGUCGACACCAUCGAGCAGGGAACUUUUGGACGUCAACGGGUUCCUGAAGGAAGACCUUACUCCUGCCGAACCUCCCAGAAAAGCUGGCGUCCUCGAGUUGCUAACUUCUCGGGUACGACGAGCUUGA